AUGGAGAAAUUACCCCUUUCCACUGGCCGUGGACAUCCACGCAAGCUGCCUGCCAGGCGCACAAUGGAAGUGCUUCUACUUGUAGUGCUAGGAGUUUUGACUAUCAUUUCUGGAACUAGAUUGAUUUCCCCAACCAUCGUUGCGAGUCCCAAAUCGAAAACUAACGUCAUAAUGAUGGUCACCGAUGGCAUGGGACCGGCUUCCCUUUCGCUCACUCGCUCAUUUAGACAGUACAGAGACAAGUUGCCCAUUGACGAUACGUUGUUGCUUGAUAAAUACUUGAUUGGUUCGUCGAGAACUCGGUCCAGUUCGUCUUUGGUGACGGACUCGGCCGCUGGAGCUACCGCUUUUUCUUGUGGACUCAAAUCUUACAAUGGAGCCAUUGGAGUGGAUCCCUCGAAGAAUCCGUGCGGUACAAUCUUGGAAGCUUUGAAACUUGAAGGGUAUCUCACCGGUCUUGUGGUGACCACUCUCAUCACCGAUGCUACUCCUGCCGCUUUCAGUACUCAUGUCGACUACAGGUUCCAGGAGGAUUUGAUUGCCGAGCAGCAGUUGGGAGAAUAUCCAUUGGGAAGGACUCUUGACUUGAUGAUUGGCGGUGGAAGAUGUCAUUAUUUGCCUACCUCAGAAGAGGAUGGAUGCAGAACCGACUCCCGCAACUUGAUUGAAGAGGUGCAAAAAAAUGGUUCGUGGAACUAUGUGGGAAAUAGAAAGGAGUUUGACCAAUUGGACGGUGGAAACAAUGUGUCUCUUCCUUUGUUGGCGUUGUUGGCUCCUCGUGAUAUUCCUUUUGAUAUCGAUCGUGAUUCCAAAGAACACCCAUCGCUUGCUGAGCAAGUGAAGACCGCAUUGACCGCAUUAUCCAAAGCCACUGAAAAUUCAGACAAGGGAUUUUUCUUGAUGAUAGAAGGAUCUUUGAUCGACCAUGCUGGACAUAUGAAUGAUCCAGCUGCUCAGGUGCGUGAGGUUUUGGCUUACGACGAGGCAUUCGCAGAGGUUAUCAAAUUCAUCGACAAUUCUGAUACGGAAACUAUUGCCAUUUCCACCUCAGAUCAUGAGACCGGUGGCCUUGUGACUGCAAGACAGGUGUCUCCCACGUAUCCAGACUACUUGUGGUAUCCUGGAGUUUUGUUGAACUGCACUCAUUCCGGAGAGUACUUGGCGAAUAAGAUUACCAACUUCAAAGAUGCUCAUUCGUUCGAGUCGUUUCUCAUCAAAGAAGUGUUAGAAGGUGACAUGGGAAUUUACGACUACACCAACGAGGAGGUUUCGUUGAUAAAACAAUCGGCCAAUAAUCCAGCAAACUUGUUGUAUGUUCUCAACAAUAUGAUUUCCCUCAGAUCGCAAACUGGCUGGACGACGCAUGGCCACUCUGCCGUGGAUGUCAACAUUUAUGCCCACACCAACUCUGAGAGAAUUAGACGCCAGUUAUUGCAGUCGCAACCGUACAGUGGACUUCUUGGAAACCACGAAAACAUCGAGAUUGGCGCCUUUAUGCAAAAAAUCACCAAUGUCGAUUUGAAAAAAGUCACCGAGUUAAUCAAGGAUACCAAGCAUUCUCCCUCAGCACAAUCUGAAGUGCGUUUGAAAGGCGACCUACAUGCGAAUUCGUAUUAA